AUGCCUUCCCUCAAUCUCUCCGGGCUACUCAAGAAGAAGCGGACACGAGACAACAAUCAGGAGCCACAAACCUCGAGCCAGCCCAACAGCCCCGUCACCCCCACCAACGCCGCGCGCAAGUCGAGCUCCAUUCCUGUUGCCUCUGUCGUUGCCUCUUCGCCGUCAGCGUCUGCCUCGGCCAAUUCGCAGGUGAAUCCCCAGCAGCCGCAACAGCAGCCGCAACAGCAGCAGCAUCAAUUGGCGCCUUCUUCUGAGGCCGACAACCUGUCGCCGGGCAUGUAUCCCGUAUCUGUUCACCCGGCAAAUCACCAAAACAGCCCUCACGCGGCUCUUCACCACAACCCUCUGCAAUCCGACUCGCAAAAAAGCCUACCGAGUAUCAGUAACCUCAUCAACCCCCCUCAACAGCAUGACGGUUCGAAUCAGCAGUCCAACACAUUCCUAACCCAACCUGCAUCUCACAUUCAACCCUCGGCCAGUCCUGGCACCGACCCCGAACGCCUACAACAGCAACAAGCCCAAUCCAUGAUGCAUCCCCCACAACAGCAACUACACAACCACCAGCAUCAAUUGCAACAACAUGGCCAAGACCAAGGCCAGGCUCGCCAGACCAAGGGCAAAUACACCCUCACUGAUUUCGACUUGCUACGCACCCUCGGCACCGGCAGCUUCGGCCGUGUACACCUUGUCCAGUCUAAACACAACCAACGCUUCUACGCCGUCAAGGUUCUCAAGAAGGCGCAGGUCGUCAAGAUGAAGCAGGUCGAGCACACGAACGAUGAGCGGCGCAUGCUCGGCGAGGUCAAGCAUCCAUUCCUGAUAACCCUGUGGGGCACUUUCCAGGACUCCAAGAACUUAUACAUGGUCAUGGACUUUGUCGAGGGCGGCGAGCUGUUCUCGUUGCUUCGCAAAUCCGGUCGAUUCCCGAACCCUGUCGCCAAAUUUUAUGCCGCCGAGGUCACGCUCGCGCUGGAAUACAUGCACGAGAAGGACAUAAUCUACCGAGAUCUGAAGCCAGAGAACCUCUUGCUUGAUCGACACGGCCACCUCAAGAUUACUGAUUUUGGAUUCGCGAAGAAGGUACCGGACAAGACAUGGACGCUUUGCGGCACACCUGACUACCUGGCGCCCGAGGUCGUAUCGAACAAGGGCUACAACAAGUCCGUGGACUGGUGGUCACUAGGUAUCCUCGUCUACGAAAUGCUGUGCGGCUACACGCCCUUUUGGGACAGCGGGUCGCCGAUGAAGAUCUACGAAAACAUCCUGCGCGGCAAGGUCAAGUACCCGCAGUACAUGGACCCUAGCGCGCGGACCUCUUGGAGAAGCUGA